AUGGCCGACCACCACGAGGAUGAGCUCGCUGCCAGCCAGACCGAGGGUUUCAAGGUCGGAGAGAAGAAGACUCUCGAUGAGUACAACCAGCUUGGUGCGUUGAUUCAGUUACAAUCGAUUGGCAAUACAUAUCCCUCGGUGAUUUCCCAGCUAACCGUCUUUCUCUCCCCCGCAAUAGACGCAGACGAUGAAGCUAUGAGACGUUGGAAGGCCUCUUUGGGCCUCAAUUCUGGUGAUGCCAUUGCUGAUCCAAAUGACCCCCGCAAGUGCAUCAUCAAGUCCCUGGCUCUGCAAGUCGACGGGCGCGAGGAUGUCGUUAUCGACCUGUCCUCCCCGGGCUCUGUUGAUAGCCUCAAGGAUAAGCCUUUCAAGAUCAAGGAAGGUUCCAAGUUCCACAUCAAGGUCACCUUCCAGGUCCACCAUGAGGUUCUCAGUGGCCUCAAGUACCUGCAGGUCGUCAAGCGUAAGGGAAUCCGGGUCAGCAAGGACGAGGAGAUGCUGGGCAGCUACGCACCCAACACCACCACCAAGGUUGACUACUCCAAGGAAUUCAACGAGGAGGAGGCCCCAUCUGGCAUGAUCGCCCGUGGCCACUACAACGCCGUCUCGAAGUUCAUUGAUGAUGACCAGCACACUCACCUGCUGUUCGAGUGGUCCUUUGACAUUGCCAAGGACUGGUAA